UAGGGCCGCCAUAGACUGGCUGGCAAAGGGGGAGCCGGUUUGCAGUGUUUAUAUGGGCGGUGGACGGGGAAGACGCGCCCGGGUUCUUGAGAACGACACGGCCGGUGACAAUCCGGGCUCGACCCGCACACAGGCACCGGCAGCCGGACACGCAGUGACAGCGGGGCCGGGGAGGAGAAAGCGGAACGAGGAGGAGUAAGCGGCGGCUGCAUCGAUCGUGGAGAUACAGUAACGCAUUUUUACAUAGAAGAAAAAAAAAACUAAGGCCAUUUAAACUGCUGUUUAAACUCCUAGCACUUUGGUCAAAGGCUAAGCACACGACACUGCGCUACUGCUGACACGGGGCUGACACGAAGUGCAACAAAACAACAAUAUAAUAUGUGCUUUCAGUUCUUAGACAGAUUGUAAUACCUUUUUUCCGUUUAUAAACAUGCUGUGCCACGAAAAGCGUGCGUUCACGGUUGGUUCAUACAUACGAUACGGUUACGGGAGCGGACAGUAAUCUUGCUGUACAGUAAUAAUGUUGCCAUGGAUACGCGUAUGAUGACGGUGGCCUAGCUGGUAUUUAUUAUUAUUAUUAUUAUUAUUAUUAUUAUUAUUAUUAUUAUUACCUUUCAAAGCUUUACAUAUCUCAGUAGAUUAUUAUUAUUAUUAUUAUUAUUAUUAUUAUUAUUAUUAUUAUUAUUAUUAUUAUCAUCAUUUUUUAAAUUUUUAUUCAGGAAGAAGUAAUAUGGUAGCCCUGGGGGUAAUCCCAUUCUCACGACAGCACUGUAUCGCGCGCUCAGUGUACGACAGCAAUAUUGCAAGGCGCGCUAGUGAUAAUAACAUCGGCGUCCAGUCUUCAUCAGCUGAGCAAACAAACAAACUGCGGACAGCUGGAGGAGGAAGCUCGCGAGCAAGGACUCCUAACAUGAAAGCAACACAGACAUGUAGGCAAAGGGGACAGAUUUGAAUAGAGCUGCAUUAAAGGAAGCACAUAUGUGACGUGAGCGUGUUUGUAUUAUCGGCAAACGACAAAGAAGGAACAACCAAGUAGAGUGCGCGAUCGGAUCAGACAGGAUUGGAGAUCCUGCAGCGUGCCUCACAGACGCGGAGCAGCAGCGACUGAGACAGGCAGGAUGCGGUGUAUUCUGCAUGGUGAGCGCGUUUUAUCCGAGUGACACCACUGCACGGACAAAAAUACAUUGUUUUAUUAUUUUUGUGGCACCUGAUCAGGUAUAAAUCAAUGGCCCUCCUUAUGUAAAAAAAAAAAAACGCGACCGCUUCUGUUUUGACACUGACGGGAGCAACACAUGACAGAGCGACAGACGGAGAGAGUGAGAGAGAGACGGACAGAUCACAAGCCCAGAGUUUGACAGCGUGGCUGGGAAUCCUUCGUGGCUGAGGUAUUGAUUUCACACUGACAAUCAGGGGGACACACGAACGAAUUGAUAACACCCAGAGGUCGGAGAGAGCACAGCGCGGCUGCUACCGGUUCAGGUCAAUCAAUGCAGAAGUGCUGACGAAGGUGCAAGCGCAGCCGAACGCACGAAGGAUUUUACAAAAACAGUGCCUUGCCAUGGCGAGAUUUUUCCCAAUUCUGAAUCGCCGUUAAAUAUUUUUUGCACAAAGCCUAUGCAAUGACAGACAGUCAAGACAUGAUGUAGGGGGAGAAGAAAACGACACCGGCGCGCAUUUUCUGCAGACAUUUUUUGUUUUAUUCUCACCGGAAUCAUUACAUUGUUGUUUCAUUGUUAUUUGUUUGCAAACGCAGAAGGUACGGUGCCUGGCUGUGGAUUUUUAUUAUAAUUAUUAUUCUCUCUCUCAUUCUCUUCUUCACCCUCAAAGACACCGAGCGAACAGAUUCAUGUGGCAGGCAUAGCUGUAUGCAUGCAUGCGUGGCUGCAGAAACGCUGCAGACUGAGGAGAUCAAUGAGAGCGUCAUUAUUUUGAACAUUCAAAACAUUUCCAACAUUCCGAACGCCCCCCGUCACUGACACAUACAUGGGGAAUACAGAGAUCACAUAUUAUUAUUAUUCUUAUUAUUUAUUUUUUAAAUCAUUUUAUUUGAAUUGACUUUUUUUUGUUUAGUCGCCGGAUUCGCCUGCAGGUUAUUUUUUUCAAAAUGACGAUGGAGGGCUCAACUAUAAAGAGCCGGAUUAAAAACCUGCUCCGGUCUCCUUCCAUCAAACUCAGGAGGAACAAAGCCGGGAGCAACAAGGAGAGCCUCGGCAAUAAAGUGACCCUGGAGAAGGUGCUCGGCAUCACUGCCUCAGGGAGCAGCGGACUGGCUUGUGACCCUCGAACUGGACUGGUGGCGUAUCCUGCAGGGUGUGUGAUUGUGCUGCUGAAUCCCAAGAAGAACAAGCAGCAUCACAUUCUGAACAGGAAAACAAUCACAGCGCUGGCUUUCUCUCCCGAUGGCAAGUACCUGGUCACUGGAGAGAGCGGUCACAUGCCUGCGGUGCGGGUGUGGGAGGUGUCAGAGCGCUCUCAGGUCUCAGAACUGCAGGAGCACAAGUAUGGCGUGGCCUGCGUGGCUUUCUCCCCCAACGGCAAGUACAUCGUCAGCGUGGGCUACCAGCACGACAUGAGCGUCAACGUGUGGGCGUGGAAGAAGAACGUGGUCGUGGCGUCUAACAAGGUCUCCAGCAAGGUGACGGGCGUGUCCUUCUCUGAAGACUCCUCCUACUUCGUCACCGCCGGCAACCGGCACGUCAAGUUCUGGUACCUGGACCACACCAAGUCCUCCAAGGUGAAUGCCACGCUGCCUCUGCUGGGCCGCUCCGGGCUGCUCGGAGAGCUGCGUAAUAACUUCUUCAUGGCGGUGGCGUGCGGGCGCGGGCGCAAGGCGGGCAGCACGUUCUGCAUCACCUCGGCCGGGAGGCUCUGCGAAUUCAACGACAAGAGACUGCUGGACAAGUGGGUAGAGCUGAGGAAUACAGAUGGUAUAACAACGACUCUGGCCUCCUCCCUGUCGGUCAGUGAGGAGUUGGUUUUCUGUGGCUGCGCAGACGGGACGGUGCGCGCCUUCAAUCCCAUCAACCUUCACUUCAUCUGCACCCUGCCCAGACCCCACAGCCUGGGCACCGACAUCGCUACUGUCACUGAGGCCAGCCACCUGUUCUCCCCUGACCCGGAGGCGCGGUACCCCGACGCAGUGGCUGUGACCUAUGACCCUGCGAGCCGCUGGCUGUCCUGCAUGUACAGUGACCACAGCCUGUACGUGUGGGAUGUGAGGGAGCCACGCAAAGUGGGCAAGGUGUACUCAGCACUCUACCACGCUGGCUGUGUGUGGAGCGUGGAGGUGUACCCCGAGGUGUGUGACAGCUCUCUCUCCUGCCUGUCUCCCGGCUCCUUCCUCACCUGCUCCUCCGACAACACGCUGCGGCUCUGGAACACGGACUUGCCGGGCGCCGCGCUGACACGCAACGUGCUGAGCAAUGAUCUUCAAAAGAUUUUGUACAUGGACAGUAACACUGCCGCCCUGGUGGACUCUGAGAGCAGUGCAGCAGGGAGCGCGGAGAAGCCCUCGGACUCCCAAUCCAACGACACAAAGACCGGCAUUAGAACCCUGUGUGUGAGUCCAGACGGGCAGCACCUGGCAUCGGGGGACCGCAACGGCACCCUCAGGGUCCACGAGCUGCACUCCAUGGGGGAGAUACUGAAGGUUGAGGCCCACGACUCUGAGAUACUUUGCCUGGAGUACUCCAAACCAGAGACCGGUUUGUCCCUGCUGGCCACGGCGAGUCGGGACCGGUUGAUCCACGUUUUGGACGCUGGGCAGGAUUACCGGCUGCUGCAGACCCUCGAUGAGCACUCCUCCUCCAUCACUGCGGUCAGGUUCGCUGCAAACGAGGACAAGGUGCGGAUGAUCAGCUGUGGAGCUGACAAGAGUAUCUACUUCCGCACUGCCCAGCAGACGGCGGAGGGCACGCGGUUCACCCGCACUCACCACAUCGUGCGCAAGACCACCCUGUACGACAUGGACGUGGACCCCAGCCGCAAGUACGCUGCCGUGGGCUGCCAGGACCGCAGCAUCCGGAUAUUCAACAUCAGCAAUGGGAAGCAGAAGAAGCUGUAUAAGGGCUCCCAGGGAGAGGACGGGACUCUGAUCAAGGUGCAGACAGACCCCUCAGGGCUCUAUGUCGCCACCAGCUGUUCAGAUAAGAACCUGAGCAUCUUCGAUUUCUACUCUGGCGAGUGCGUGGCCACCAUGUUUGGACACUCAGAGAUUGUGACGGGGAUGAAAUUCACCAACGACUGCAAGCACCUGAUCUCAGCCUCGGGAGACAGCUGUAUCUUCAUCUGGCGUUUGAACCCAGAGCUGACCAUUAGGAUGAGGCAGAGGCUGUCGGAGCUGAAACAGAAAGGCAAGCCGGCCCAGAAAACUCCCCCGCGAAAACACUCCACUCUGAGGCGCGACACGUUUAGCACCCCCCCACCCGUCACCAUGUCCUCCGACAGCGACAAGGAAGCGGAGGAUGAUGGGAUAGAGGAGGAGGAGGAGCGGGGGGUUCUGGACGAGGGCCGAGCUGCGCAGGAGCCCCCCCUGUCCUCCGCCCCCCCUCGGCCCCGGCGCCGCUGGUGUCACCGUAGAAACAGCGCGGAGCUCACCGUGAAAUCCAUGCUGGACCUGCGGCAGCUCGAAACGCUGAGCCUGGAGCCGGAGCAGGGAGGGGCGGGGAGCACAGCCAGCCUGCUCACCAUCGGAGCAGAGGUUGAGGAGUCCUGUUUGGGGUUCCCUCGCCCGUACCCGCGCCCCCACUCCAUCCAGCUGACCCCCUUCAGAGAGGAGGGAGUGCACCCCGAGAGUGAGGAGCCCGUGCUGUACCCCGACAGAGCCCAGGACAGUGUCAGCCUGGCCGGGAGUGAGUACCAGGUGAAGGAGCUGCCCCAGGGGAAGCUGGGACGGGGUUACCCAGGUAACAGUUGCCAUGACAAGCACAGCCCAGACAGUGCCUGCUCAAUGGACUACUGCAGCAGCCGUCUGUCCAGCCCUGAACGGCCCAGAGAGGACUCGGAGGUGACAGAGCCGCUCAGUGUGGACGGGCACUCCUCCGAGGGGGAGGAGCUAGAUGAAGAGGAGGAGGAGUUUGCAGGGAGUGUAUCAGAGGGGGCGGUACCAACCACGCCCGAUCAGGAAGCAUUCCUCAAACAGCACUUUGAGACACUCGCCGACCUGAACAGUGCAGGGGGCGCGUGCAGAGCAGCGAGCAGCGCGGAGAAUCUCAGCAUCUCAUCCCGGUUCCUGUGCCAAACCUCCGCCAUCAGGAGUCAGUUUCCUUUCCCCAGCCGGAGCGCCUCGGAAGUGAACUCCCAGAAUGGAGGGGGGGUACGGCCCCCGGUGUCAGAGGUCAAGCCGCUCAUGGAGGGGGGGCUGCUUGGGGUCCGCGAGGGCCAGCCUGCCCAGGACCCCCCCCCUCGCCUCCCCUUCGCUCAGAAGAAACGUAACCCCGCCGCUGAGGGUCGCAGGGGGAUCGGCAACACAGCGAGAGGGCAGGGGGCCUCGGCCAGGGGGCAGAGUGCAGCCGCCACCAUGAGGAAGUGUCAUUCAGUGCAUGACCUGGCGAUCGACGCUGAUCAGCCGCUGGCUUUGGCCAGUCCCUCCAAGGAGCUCCAGACACCCCCCCAGCCGGGCGACAGAGACAGAGAGGCACGUCCCCAGGCCCCACGGCGCUCCCUGCCCGCCGUCCCCACCUCCCCGCUGGGCAAGGACAGCCCCUGCCAGCCCCGGGCCUGGAAGCCACGCUCCUACAUGAACCCCACCACCAGCUCCAUGGCAAAGAUGUCCCGCUCUGUCUCCAUGGGGGACAGUCUGAACCUGAGCGAGACAGGGGACCCCAGCGGUCCUGCCCCUGCCCCUGCCCUGGCCUCCUCCACCUCUCCCUCCCCUCCCUCCUCUACCGCCUCCUCUCCUGCCCCCUCUCUCUCCCUUCCCUCCUCUGCCUCUUCUACCUCCUCUCCCUCUGCCCCCACUCUCACUGUCUCCUGUCCCCCUGUCCCUUCUCACUCCCCCUCUCCUGCCUCCUCUAUGUCCUCUCCCUCUGUUCCCUAUCGCUUUGUCUCCCAUCCCUCCUCUGCUACCUCCCUUCCCCCUGCCCUCUCUGUCCCACUUCCUCCCCCUCCUUCCUCUACCUCCUCCAAAUCAAGCUCUGUCCAAGACCAGGGGAAGCAGACAUUUGCCCCAGUGGCUGUACUGUCUUCUACCUCUUUGUCCCUCUCUCCCUCCUCCUCCUCAAUCUCUGUCCAGGCCCCUCGAGCGGCUGUAGUCCCCACUCUGAUCGGGGGCGGUGCCUCGGGGGGCAGUGCCACUCUGCGCUCCCCACAAGGGCUGCUCCACUCCAGGCUGUCCUCUCCCAGGGCUGGCAGCCCACACCUGGCCCUCGAUAUCCCCACCCCGCUGCCCGACAGACCCUCGCUGGCCUCCUUCUCCCCCGGCUCCAAGCACGAGACCUUCCCGGGGGAGGAGAUCCUAAGUCCCAGCAGGGCAGAGAAGGAGCAGCCAGCCCUGGGGACCUCUUGUUCAGCCCGUCUGGAGGGUGCAUCCGGGGGGCAAGCAGAGAAGAAGACCCCAGCCGAGGCGGAGUCCAGCCCUGCUAUCACUGCUCCUGCUGAGUCGGAGGAACAGCGCUGUGGUUCCAGGAAUGAGGACUCCUUUUGUGUCAGCACUGGGAUUGGGCAGGCUGGCUCCCAGGACCUGGUCCCCAGUCCCUUCCUCUGCACCUCCCUUGCCCCCCCGGACCCAGGUUCGAGUCGGCGCCGCCACUCCUCCCUUCUGCUGUCUUUCUGUCCCCUGCCGCCUCAUCGACUGGCCCUGCCCCUGCUCUUCUUUACAUCCAGCUUCUGGCCUGUCUCCUCCGCCACUAACUGCUCACUCUGUUCAUCCAUGAACCAUCGCUGCCUGCAGGAGCCUGCAGUGAGUGUGCAGAGUUGUCACCUGGCUGCCCUGGAGCUGCAGAACAGUCUGCACCGAGCCCUGGAGCUGUACCGAGCGGUCCGGGGCAGUGGCAGUGCUGGAGGGCAGUCUGGCUCGCAGAAGAGGGAGAUGGCUGGGAUCCUGUGGGAGACGUUCUCCGCUGUGCGCUCGGAGCUGGAGUCUGUGGAGGGGGCUGAGCCGGGUAGGGGGGGCCAGGCUCUGAGGCUCUCUGGAGGGGGGGGAGAGGAGCUGACGCUGGCUCUGCUUGAACAGUACUCUGAGCUGCUGCUGAGAGCCGUCGAGAAGAGACUGGAGCACAGACUGUGACUGAGCACAGACACACAGGGACAGGAGCACAGACUGACACGCACAGAGACAGAGACAGAGAUACAGACACAGACAGACAAACACUCGCACUCCGACAGACAGACGCGUAUACAGACACACACAGACAGAUGGACACGCACACCCAGACAGACAGACAGACAGACACACCAGAACCUGCCAGGACUUGGGGAGCACGACCCCUCAAACAGACGCUCAGUGUGUGCAGCAGUUCAACAAGCGCCGCUGCCCAGCUCAGGAUUAAUGGGACAAGAUCACCUGGGAUCCCCACAAGCCAGCAGUGAAUCUGGGUGGGCAGCCAUCAGACAGGAGGGGAACCCCCAGCUGCACAGUUCAGGGGAGCACAAUUGCUGAUCGUAACUGAGCUUUCAGUGUCUCUUUUAAGGGAGGUCUGAUCUGAAGUCAAUUCCACACUUAUUUUAUUAUGAUCAUUACUAAUUCAUUUUUAAAUGUAUUAUUAUUAUUAUUAUUAUUAUUAUUAUUAUUAUUAUUAUUAUUGUUUUUUUUGUAAUCAUUCGCAAUGGAUAGAUGGACCUGAACUGUAUUUGAAUCUGAUCUAGUCAUGUCUUGUCAGACAGACAGACUGCCAGCACACUGUCUGCUGCAUGGAGACCCCAGUGAACUGUCCUUCCACUCAGAGAACUCACACUAACACUCUGUAAUCCCUCACAAUCUGCCUGAGACCUCAUCACCACACUGAGGCAGCAGUAUCCCUCCCCACCACAAGAAGACCACCUCUUGUUUAGGAACUACUUUCUCCACCAGCAGAAGAACACAACGCGAGGUAACGCGAUGCGCAUUCCAGAUCUUGACAUGUAACUGCAGUAACCCUCCACAUCGAGGGAAGAUAUUACACACCACUUAUUACAAUGGAUCGGUUUUGAAUUUUUUUUUUUUUUUAUAAAAUAUUCCAGAACACAGCAUCAGUUUUGAGAACUAUCUUCCAGACUUACUGCUUGUAAGCUGGGGCCCUUCAUCAAACAGCUCAAGGGUGUUUUUGUUGUGCUGUGAUUCGGGGGCACAUGGUAAUCCAACACUACUUGUAAUGUCCCAGUAGCUAUAGAAGAAAACGAAUCAGUGGCCAAAGCGAGACUGACUGGGAUUGCUGUCUGGAGUCCAGGGAGACUCACUGUUUUCAUCUUUUUGCACCAGACCUAAUGACAAAAAACCUGAAUCCAGUCCAGCAUCUUACUGAUGUUCAGACCAGGCUGUGUGUUCAGAGCCUGUCCUGCAUCGUCCUGCGCUGCUCUGAUAAACUUUCCGAUUCAGGAACACCGUCUUUUAAAUGUGAACGAUCCAGCGAUCACCCCACUGCUUCACACCCACAUACACACACACACACACACACACACACACACACACAUACACACACACACACACACACACACUGACACACACACACACACACACACACACUGACACACACACACACACCCACAUACACACACACACACACACACACACACACUGACACACACACACACACACACACACUGCACUGGCACAAACACGCACACAGGGACACUUCGACAUGCAGAGACUGUGCUGCUGUGUCGUUGUGUGUGUCGUGGACAACAUGUUUGGACUUUCCACAGAGAGAGACCAGUCUGCAAUAAAACCUGGAUUUGAAUCUCAAGUCCCUUCCUAUGUCUUAAAUACCUGCUUGUCUCCUCUCUCCUCUCCUCUCCCCUCCUCUCCUCUCUUCUCUCCCCUCCUCUCCUCUACUCCUCCUCUUUUCCUCUCUUCUGCUGGUCUGUUUUACAGAUUCUAUGUGUUGUACAAUAACCAGUACAGUGAAUGUUUGGGGUAUUUUUUGUAAUGCUCUUAAUAGCAGGAAUUUAUAAUACUGUAUUUUUGUGUUUGUUUUUGUAAACACGCUGUAUGAGUUAAUGCCCAGAGCAGCGGAGUGCACAUUUUUAAUACGAGAUUCACGGUUCACAUAUUUUCAGCGCGUCGAAGUGCUGGUCUUAAUUAUCAAACAGUGAAAUAUCAAGGGACCACGAUAUGUACAAUGUAAUUCAGCGUCUGGUCUGUAGGACACAAAGCAACGUCAUGUUCAGGUGUUAGCAGUUGAACAUUGUGCAUAGUGCCACCUGGUGUCUGAAUAUGAAAUUAGUGUUGGCUCCCCAUUGCUCCCCGCUUCUGUGGUUUAGUGGCAGGCUCCUGCUGUUUCCUGCCUCCGUGUUACCUGUUCACUUUUCUAUGAAGAUGUAAAGCACUUUGUUCUGGAAAUGGUAAAGCCAUAGAGAAUAUUACGGUCCAGCAGACAGGACUAACCUCCCCCACUCCAGGGACGCACGAGACCCUCGCUGUUUCGCUGCUGAUUAAAAUCACUGCCUUCCUGUGUGUUACAGGUAAUAGGACCCUACCUGACACCCACAGGCUUUCUUAUUUCCUGUGCACCGUAGGACGGGAGUGUAACACAGGAAGUGAACCUGCAGUGUGGUGGCAGUGUAAAGUCACAGUCGAUACAAGAUCAACAAGGAAAUGGUCAGGGUUUCCAGGCUGCUGUUAUGCAGAAACUAGCCAUCCCACUUCCUCAGUGGUUGGAAUGUGAUUGGUAGAAUGUGCAUGACAUUCAGAAUGUUUCUGAUCCUCCUUUGAGAUCCUAAUAUUCUGCUGCUGUAGAACAAAUUCUCUUAACAUAGGGCAGUAGUGAUUCCGAGACAGUGGGGUAGAUACUGUAUACUUGUGAAUCUAUGUGCCAGUGCAAAGAUGAGCCAACUUUACUGUCGAGCACACAGCAUGUAAACCCACCCCACCAAGCAGGGUCUCUGCUCUCCUGUGUUAAAAUAAUAUACUGUACGGCAACAGUGCAACUCUUAAAGGGGAGGUCCCAGCUAGCUCUACACCGUAGAUAAAUAGAUACUUGCACUGGCAUGGGGAAGCAAUGCCCUUUCUGAUGAUAAUCGGGAGCAGGCAGCUGUUUUAAUGCAUGGGGGAGGGGUCUGCCCCCUUAAGAGAGACGGGACUCCUUUUUUGCAUGGUUGUAUUCUCUUAACAGUUCAUGAUGUGUUUGUACAAGGUUUGUAUGUGAUUUUAUCAGAUUUGUGUGUCCUUUUAUAAUUACGGUGGGUACGUCUUAAUCCUUCGUUUUUAAUUGAGAAGGACCGGGACCUAUUUGUUUAUUCCUGUUUUUAACUGCUGUCUGUUUUAAACCCUGUAUAUUUAUAUUUAUAUGUGUGUGUGUGUGUGUGUGCUUUGCACUGGCUUGGGCACGAGUUCAGUUUUGAAGUGUUUGUACCCUCAUAAUGUUUGUACUGUAUGUGUAUCCUUCAGAAUCCCUCUUGAAAAACACUUUGAAAUAAAGCCAGUAUUUAUGAAGCUC